AUGAGUGUGUCGAGGGGGGCGUGUGUGUCGGGGGUGUUUCUGCGAGUCGUCCGCUCCGUGGGGCUCGCCGUGUCCGGCGCGCGCUGGUUGGCUGCGGCCAGUCUCCGACUCCGAGCCCCGCAGACGUCAUCGUCACGGCGACGCACAUCCUCCGUCGGCUACCGUCCGGUGCACGACGAGACACGUCAACACACACACUCUCACCUCCACUCACGCAGCCACCGCCAGCAUCAGCACCAACAUCAACAUCAGCAUCAGCAUCAGCAUCAUCAGCAUCGCGACUUCGGCCAGGCGAGACGAGGACUCGGACCCGUACCGGCCGGUCCGACGAACGGACGUCGCCGUCGCGACGGCGACAGUCGGUGCUGCGUAACUACGGCCACAGAAUUGACGGCACCGAGCCACUCCUCUCUGCCCAACUACACACACACUCACACACACACACACACACUCACUCUCACCUCGACGCCCAGUUCGACGCCCAUCUCCGAUUCGACGUCCGCCAUCCUGUCGGAGAAUGUGUCGAAGGCGCAUCUGCUCAUCGACGCGCGUCGCGUGUAUCCACGCGCCAGACGCCAUGGCGACGAGUCCGUCGCCGACUGUCAGUCGGCCAAGUGGCUGACCCGCGGUACCAAGUGA